AAAGCUUCAGUAGUCGGUUCUCAAUCGUCGAGACCGGAACAUGAAAAGAGUAAUAUAGCAUUACAUUUCUUAGUGAAUACUUCGUUAAAUUUUGCUGCCAUAGCCAUGUCCACCGGAUCAAUUCCAGGUGGUAUCACCCAGCUGGAGGGGGAUAGGAAGAAGGAGGCCCUGGAUCUCCUGAAUGCCACCCUCACCCAGUUGGCCGCCGGAGAUGGUCCCAUCUACAAGGUAAUUAAAGUGAUCUCCGUGACGGGUCAGGUUGUUGCUGGAACUCUCAACACCUACGAGGUUGAACUGGAUAAUGGAUCCGUCAAAAAGCAGGCUACUGUUAAGAUCUGGACUCAGCCCUGGCUGAAGGAGGACGGCACCAACAUCAAGAUCAAGAUUGCCGGUGAAGAUGGAGAGCUCGACCGCACUUUUUAAAAUAAUAUAGGACUGAAUAUAACCUGUGAAAUAUGCAUAUGUUUGAGGUAUCUACUCUAUUCCUACGAAAUACAUAAGUAUUGUAUUA